AACGGUUUAUCCCAAAAUGAUAACAGUACAACAACAACAACAGUAACAUUAAAAAACAAAAACAAUUCAUCAUCCACACUACACAAAUAGAUUACACUGUAAUCCAUCCAUGGCGACGUUAUUUCCACUCUUUAAUCCAAUUUCUCAUUCCUUCACAUUCCCUUCCUUGAGGGCCCCACCUUCACGCAACUCUUCGCCUCUUCUCCUCACCGGCUGCCGGAGACCGAGACCCGCGACGGUGGUCACACGUGCUGGCGCAAGUACAAGUAGCUAUGCCUUCGCGAUUGCGCUUCCUCUUUCUCUCCUCGGUAUAACUGUUUUCACUGCUCUUCGGAUUGGUCAGAAGCUUGACCAAGAUUUCUAUGAAGAGAUGGCGAAGAACGAAGCUAUCAUGGAAAUUGAUGAAGAGGAAGAAGAGGAUAAUGAUGAUGAUGAUGUGGAAACUUAUUCACAAGAAGAACAAGAACCUGUCCUUCCACGUGGCCGCAACAGGCCUAAAAGGGAAGCUUAAAUUUGAGGUGAUCUUCAGUAAACUUGCAAAUGAGUAGGGAGGAAUAAGGGAGGUGUUUAUCUAUAGGCUCUAAGUUUCUCUUAGUUCAUGUUCCAUUGGUUAUCUGCUAUCAUUCUCUCUGCUUAAGCGACAAUCAUGUAAUAUGAUCUGAUAUGUAAGCUUAUAAAGGGUUUAUAAUGUAAGGAAUAAUUUAUUUCUCCAAUGUAGAUAAAAAAUUACUACGUAUUCAGAGAAAUACCAAUUAAAUUCUUAAAUGAAAAGGUGAAUGCAGUGAUGUA